AGGAAUAUAUAUAUGCUUAUUGGGAAUAGUAAUAUACUAUUUUAAUUUAAUUAGGAUGAUUCUAUUAUAAAAAAACUAUAGAUCUGGAAGAAAUUGAUUACCAAUUUUAAUCAUACUUUUCUGGUAUUAGUUCAGUAAUUGCAGCCAAGUAUUAUUAUUAUUAUUUUUUGUAUGAAAAGGAAGUAUGAUUUACAAAUUUCUAUACAUUUCUAUUUAUAUAUUGCAUUGCAAGAUUAAUUCUUAUCUUGGUAAUGUGUGUAACCAUUGGUGAAGAGAAUGAAGUGGCCUAUAUUGCAGGGAAGGUUUUUUUAGUUUGAAAUGGAUAAAACUUGGAUGUCAAAAGAUCGAAUGUCAAAAGAAUAUGAAGAUGGUGUUGAGCAAUUUAUUGCGUUUGUUGUAAGUCAUGCUAGUAACCCCAAACUCAUGAAAUGUCCAUGCCAAGUAUGUGGAAAUUUGAUGGUUGAGACUCCUAAAGGGAUAAGAGAUCAUAUGUUUAUAAGAGGUGUUGAUCGAAGUUAUAAGAUAUGGAGUUGGCAUGGGGAGGUGGCUGAUAUUGGAGGAACAACAAGUAGGGAAGUAAAUUUUGAUCAGUCACCUAAAUACGAGGAGGUCCAAGAAACUUUACAAAUGGUUAAUGCUGCUUAUGAUCCUUGUACUGCCAACCAUGAUUCUUUUACAUGUCUUACUUCAAUGCUUGAACUUACAGUGAGUUGUAUCAUUUUAUACAUGAGACAAUUAUAUGAUCAUAUGAAGGAUGAAGGUCUACUUCAGAUGUUUGGCUUUAUCAAUCCUGCUAUUGUAUCAUUGGCUGGAAAUUUAAAUAAUCAACGAAAACGGGAUGAGAGAUCACGAAAUAUAGCAGAUCGUUUGGUGAAGGCAAAAAAAAAUCAACUCAUAAUCAUGCCUUAUAAUCCUGCGUUCCACUGGAUCUUAAUUGUCAUUGACUUCUCAUCCAUGACUGUUUAUUAUUUGGACCCAUUAAGGAAUGAUAUUUAUGAGGAUGUCAGAGUAGUUGUAGACAAGUCUUGUUUGGCAGUUUUGUUGUAAGGCUGCUGGUCAUCUGUUUUGAAGGUCCUAUCGAAGUAAGAACUCUCUGGAUGUAAAAUGGGGAAUAUUGUACUAGAACACAAGAGGUUUCUACUGGAAAAACUCAUUUUAUUUAUGGAUUUUAGUGUGUAUAUUUGGCAAUGCAUGGCUUGUAUAGUUUGUUGAAACUAAGUGAACAAAUGCACUAGUAUGAUGUAUUUUCAGUUGAUUAGUUUCAAUACAUGCAAAUUAUUUUUA